AAUCAUCCUCUGUCCUUGGUCUAGAGACGUCCCCGCGGUAGGGAUGGGCGAUAGGCUCCUCCGAGAGGAAGGCCCAGAUUGCAUUUCUUCAGGGUGAAAGGAAAGGCCAAGAAAAUUUGAAGAAGGAUCUUGUGAGGAGGAUCAAAAUGCUGGAGUAUGCUCUUAAACAGGAAAGAGCCAAAUACCACAAGUUGAAAUAUGGGACAGAAUUGAAUCAGGGAGAUAUGAAGCCUCCAAGCUAUGAUUCUGAUGAAGGUAAUGAAACAGAGGUGCAGCCACAACAAAAUAGCCAGUUAAUGUGGAAACAAGGUCGUCAACUACUCAGACAGUAUCUACAGGAGGUGGGAUACACAGAUACUAUUCUAGAUGUGAAGUCUAAACGAGUGCGAGCUUUGUUGGGCUUUUCAAGUGAUGUCACGGACAGAGAAGAUGACAAAAAUCAGGACUCACUUAUAAAUGGCACAGAAGGUGAAGUUAAAGAUACAGCAAUGAUUGGGAAAUCUGAGUUAACAGAUUCUGCCUCUGUGCUGGAUAAUUUCAAAUUCCCUGAAAGUGCAGCUGCAGAUUUCAGUGAUGAAGACGAAGAUGAUGACAUUGAUGGACGAGAGAAAAGCGUCAUUGAUACUUCAACAAUUGUUAGGAAAAAAACAUUGCCUCAGAGCAGUGACGAUCGAGAUACAGAAGAAGCUCUAAAGGAGUUUGACUUCUUGGUUACAUCAGAGGAAGGCGACAGUGAAUCUAGAAGUGCAGGUGACGGAACAGACUGGGAAAAGGAAGACCAGUGUCUCAUGCCUGAAGCUUGGAAUGUGGACCAGGGAGUAAUUACCAAACUCAAGGAACAAUACAAAAAGGAGAGAAAGGGGAAAAAGGGGGUGAAGAGGCCCAAUAGGUCAAAACUACAAGAUAUGCUUGCUAAUUUGAGAGAUGUUGAUGAACUUCCUUCAUUGCAGCCAUCUGUGGGUUCACCUUCCAGACCCAGCAGCUCCAGGCUUCCUGAACAUGAAAUAAAUAGAGCAGAUGAAGUGGAAGCACUGACAUUUCCUCCUUCCUCUGGGAAGUCAUUCAUCAUGGGAGCAGAUGAAGCCCUUGAAAAUGAACUGGGACUUGGAGAAUUGGCAGGCCUCACUGUGGCUAAUGAAGCGGAUUCACUAACAUAUGACAUAGCAAAUAAUAAAGAUGCACUGAGGAAGACAUGGAACCCUAAAUUUACGUUAAGAAGUCACUUUGAUGGCAUUCGAGCACUUGCUUUCCACCCCAUUGAGCCUGUUUUGAUAACAGCAUCAGAAGAUCACACAUUAAAAAUGUGGAAUUUACAGAAAACAGCCCCAGCCAAAAAGAGUACAUCUCUUGAUGUGGAGCCUAUCUAUACAUUCAGGGCUCAUAAAGGUCCAGUGCUCUGUGUGGUGAUGAGCAGCAACGGUGAGCAGUGUUACAGUGGUGGUACCGAUGGACUGAUCCAGGGCUGGAACACGACCAACCCCAACAUCGACCCCUAUGACUCCUAUGACCCUUCUGUUCUAAGGGGCCCUCUGCUCGGCCACACCGACGCCGUCUGGGGUCUGGCUUACAGUGCAGCUCACCAGCGUUUGCUGUCCUGCUCAGCAGAUGGCACUCUUCGUCUAUGGAACACAACGGAGGUUGCUCCAGCCUUAAGUGUGUUUAAUGAUAAUCAAGAAUUUGGAAUCCCUGCCUCUGUGGAUCUAGUAAGCAGUGACCCGAGCCUUAUGGUAGCAUCAUUCAGCAAAGGAUAUACAAGCAUCUUUAACAUGGAAACACAACAACGGAUUCUCACUUUAGAAUCCAAUCUAGAUACGACAGCCAACUCUUCCUGCCAAAUAAAUAGAGUCAUUAGUCACCCCACUCUUCCCAUCAGCAUCACUGCUCAUGAAGACAGGCACAUCAAAUUCUAUGAUAACAAUACAGGCAAACUCAUCCACUCAAUGGUAGCCCACCUAGAAGCCGUUACAAGUUUAGCGGUUGAUCCUAAUGGCCUGUACUUGAUGUCUGGCAGUCAUGACUGUUCAAUACGUUUAUGGAACCUAGAAAGUAAGACAUGUAUCCAAGAGUUUACAGCUCAUCGGAAAAAGUUUGAAGAAUCAAUUCAUGAUGUAGCUUUCCACCCAUCCAAAUGCUAUAUAGCCAGUGCUGGGGCUGACGCACUGGCUAAAGUCUUUGUAUGAUAGAAUGCAUCUUCUUCACCUUCUAUCUCUUUAUAAAUAACCAACUGCACAAAAGAGAUACAGAAGACCAGGGAAAGAAUCAACGCAUUCUGCCCUUUUGUUCUGCUGAAGGAGCACAGAGAACAUUUGUAAAGUAUAGUUUUACAAUUCGUAUAUACUGUUUUCUAAAACUAAGGUUUGUUCAGGUUGCUGCAAGCUCAGCUGAAUCUGGAGCCUGAAAACUGUUUGUUUCAGAUUUUCCCCAAAAUAGGAACUUUUAUUUCUGGAGUAGUUCUAAUUCGCUAGGCAGGCCUGAGCGAACAUAGGUUUAGCUUGUCCCCUGUUGAAUAAAUAGGGCACGUUAUAAAGGAUAACAAAAAGCUCCAUGGCUGGGAAUGAGUAGAGGAAGAGCAGAAAUUUAGACCUAGUUCUCCCCUGAGAAGUCUUGUUAAACACAUUAGGUAGUCAAAACAGUAAUCUAUACCAUAUCUGCUGUACUAAUCCCUAUGAGCAUAAUGACCAGGCAGUGUUAAAAUGAGUUUUUAAUCUAGCUCUCCUUUCAGCUGUUCACAUACAGCACCUGGCAAAGCAUUUUACCUAUUAGGGGGGAAAAAAGAAAUGCAAUAAUAUGUCAAAUAUAUUAUUAUUCAGAAAUGCUAAACAGAUAUUCAGUUUGUAAGCACAUUUCUGUAUUGUAUUACAUUUUUGAAAGUGGAUUUGGUACCAUUCUAAAAUUUAGUUGUCAAAAAUACUUAACCAUUGUGAAGAGUAGUUGAUAGAGUCUGCUUUUACUAAAGGAUUUAACUUAAUUCUGUUUAUUUUUAAGGGCAAGCAGGGCAUAUAAUAAUUUCUAUUAAUUUUAAAACUCACUUUAUUCACAUGGUAUUUAUAGUAUCAGAGUGAUUAUUUCAUAUAGAUAAAAUCUUAACUUUUCAGUGGUUGAAAAGAUGGUGGUUAUUUGCAAGUACUCAUUUAUCAAAACCCACAUAACCACACUUCAAAUGAUCUCUGCUCUUUCUUCUUUGUCUCUCAUAUUCAAAUUAUCUGACACUGAAAAAAUACUUCAUAAUUAUGUUUUAACAGUCCAAAGGGUAUGGUUAAUCUCAGCUGCUUUUGCAGACAUACUAAAUAAAGCAAAUGUUUUUUACCUCA